CCUUCUGUGUUCACAAAGAAAGACUGUGGGCUAUGGUUACCUGGGUCACUUUCUUUUUCUGAACUUGGAGUCCACUGCCUUAGAUUCCACGGAAUCACUGUAACUCUGUCCAGGGAUCUCUGUACUGUAGUCCCCUGCAAAGCACAAGGUCCCCUUAGAGAAGUGCCCUGCAAAGACCCCCUAGGGCAGGAUACCCACACAACAGAGUCCCCACACAGCAGACUUCCUAUAUACCAGAGUCCCCCUAAACAGGGUGUCUAUAUAGCAUGGUUUAACAGAAUAGGGACCUAUGCAAAAUUCCCCCAAGAGCAGGGUUUCUGCAUGCCAGGAUCCCCCAGCACAGGGUACCCACACAUAGCAGGGUCCUCCUGAAGCAGGGUCCCUGUACAACAGAGCCUCCCAGAAUAGAAUCCUUGAACAGAAGAGUACCCACACGACAGGGUCCCCCAGAACAGGGUCUCUGCACAGCAGGGACCCCACAGAAUAGGGAUCCCACAUAGCUGCAGUAGUUCUACAAUACUUCGUCUAUCAAAAAAAAAAAAAACCAUCAGACAAAUUUAGGAAAACCUUAGCUAAAAGAACCUGACUUGUUUGAAGGUGCUUCAUGUCUAUUCUAACAAAACAAAAACAAACAAACAAAAAAAAACAAGUAGAAUCAGGGACAAAAACAGGUAAAAUCUCUAGGACAAGUGGGUACCUUGGGACAGUGGAACAUCAGUGGACAGGAGGGAGGUAAGAGCCUGAAUAAUUGGCAGGACAGAAAAGAGGGUACAACAGGACCAGAAUGUGGGCCAUCCAGAGCUGCAGAGAGCAAGCCGGACCAGCCAAACAGAGCAAGAAGGCAAGGUACUCCAGACUGGGGCCUGAAAGGAGCCCAGAGGUCUGGCCCUAGAAGCCUCCCUGACUCAGAGAGACCAACUAGUUAGUUAUCUGGAUAGUCAGACAUGUGCUUUCACAUUCAGAGAGCAUGGAUGGUCAUUUUUUACCCAGCAAACACAGAUGGUCUCUUAGCUCAGAGAAUACUGAGGGCCCACAUCACCCAGAGAACAUGGGUAACUUACACAUACGUGGAGAACUGUGUCUAGUUUGUCUAUCAAGGACCCUGGAAAGUAGACCAGGUCUUCCCUCACACAGGCUUCUGGACCACCAGGUAACAACCAUGUGACCCCAAGAAAUCACUUCUUCUCUGUCUCCUAUUGGCCUGGAGACAAGAUAAGCCAGUGGCCACCUUUUAGAGAGCCUGAGUGGGCCCAGGAGCCCAAUACUCAUUUUCCAGUGACCCUCCCAGCACUGGGGGGUCCCCACUAGGGUUGGUGAGGCACUAGGGUGUACAGCAACAGAGAUGAGACCCCAUGCUCACCUCUCCCCACCCCCCAGCCUGGGACCUUGCCCAGGCUGAUGCUGAUGAUUCUGCCAGUGGGCUGUCUGUGGGUGGGCAGCUGAGGGAGUUUGGUCAGGAAACAGCGGCUGUGGUGGAGGGCUCUUCCUCCCACACUGUGCAUACAGCUGCUCGUGCUGGCAGCUAGUUCAAGACAGGCCUCUGUCCCCGGCUGGCUUUGGCUUCCCAAUGUUCCCUUGGGUGGAGGACAGUGUGUGUCUAGGGAAGCCUUUGAUCACAUGCCCCCAAACUGAGGGUCUCCACUCUCCCUCCAUGCCUGCCCUCCUCUCCUUGGUUAGCCCGCGCCCCGCUUGCUGCUAGCGCCAGCAAAGCUAGGGUUUGCAUUGGCUUCAGGCCAAACCCCGGAAUGUGCCUGCUGGCUGCCCGGCAGCUGUUCCUGGAAAAGGGGCGACAAUGCACAGACUGUCUGUGAGAUGGGGGUGGACGGGGUGCAGGCUGCCCAGAGCUGUGCAUGAAUAGAGUACAGAGGCCCUGAGACAGGGAUGAAUGGGUUCACUGGGCCCAGACACCCCUGAAUGGGUUAGUACAUCCAAAGAUGCAUUGGAGCUUGGAACUGGCCACCCAGGAGCCCCUACCUAGGAUAUGGGCCUAUGUGAGGUCUAAUAAGAGGUAGUUGUGAACACAUACCACCCAGAAACCCUGGUAGAAUAGGGAACAGUGCACCCCAGUACUCAGAUCCACAGAUAUACUCAAUUCAGGCACUCAGAUAGGGGUUAAAAGGGACAACGCCCCAAUUUCAGACACAUUCAAAGGUCAUUUCACCUCCACACUGGUAUGUGUCACGUAAAGUACUGUGGAAUUCUGUUAUGGGGGUGCAGGACACCCAGACUCUUGUAUCAGUGGGGUUCAUAUCUCCCACAUGCUGCUAGAUUGUGGGGGGUCUUCAGAUAUCCACAGCAGGAACUCUGGCGCUCAGAAGGUAAAGCAGCCAGCCUGGCGCCACGCAUGAAUAGAGACCGGGACCAGAAGGGAUAUGGACUCACAUGGGCCGUGACGCCCGCUUGUGAUGAAUGGGCAGUGAACGUCCAAAGACGCAGUGGAACUUGGAACGGCUGCUGGGGGCCCUUGCCUUGGGAUGUGGGCCUACGUGAGAGACAGGCAGUGCGGUGUUAGGCUGCCAAAGACCCUAGUGAAGGAGGACAAGCUGUCCAAACCUCAGGCGAUGAUGAAGAGGAAGACCGGGGCCUCGGAGUGGGGUGCAUGUCAGCGUCAGCCAGCACUCUUGGGUUGGCGCACAGCUCCUGGGUGAUGGGGAGGGUUGGCGGAGACCCUGGAAACUGGGGCGGGGGAGCUGUGGCGUGAUUCUUGAAGACUUUCCUACCUAGCAGUUUAGAAGAAUAAGAGGCAGGCUGCCAGACACCCAGAAAAGCAAGGGUUCCCAGGAAGAGGUUGCAGGGUGCAGCUAGCUGGGAACCCUGAGCAUAAGCUCUCUGUUUAGAAGCCACAAUCGCCAUAUCUCCCGAUAUGUAGGUAAAGAGACAGGGCUGUGCCCAGCCUUAAGUGACCACUAUACUUGUGGGAAGGUGUGGAAGGUGCUCAGAUCUGAGAACUUGUACACAGCACACAGACACCUGGAUGUGGGUGCCUGCUGCACUUAUGCAGAGACAACUGGGGUGGGACAUGGAGACCCUCAGACAGAAGCAUACAGGACAGUGAGCAUCAGAAAGUGGGACUUUUGGAACCUAGCUAAGAGCAAAAGGUACCUAGACACCAAGACAAGCGAGGUAUCAGGACUCCAGGGUUUGAUCACCUUAGUUCUCUGGUGGGCAAAAUAUCCACAUAAGAACUCCAAGAAAGGGUGACAGAAUCGACCAGAGAAGGAUGGGGAUGAAGCUAAUGGCUAGAGUUCUUGCCUAGGAUGCAUGAGACCCUGAGCUCACCCACAGCCCUGUACACCGGGCUUGGUAGUCUGCAAUCCCAGCACUCAGGAGGUGGAGGCAGGGGGAUCAAAACUUCAAGGUCAUUCUCAGCUACCUAGUGAGUUCUAGCCUAGUCUGGGCUACACAAGACCCUGUCUCAAAAACAUAAAGAAGCUACUAUACCUUUCAAAGCAAGGAACUGGCUAAUGUCUGUAAGGCUCAAAUGUUUACAGAAGGCCACUCUGAGGACCUGAGGUUAUCACGAUGGAAACGCUAAAGAGCCCGUGAGUGGGAAACUCAGACCCGCAGUACAGUGGACUGUGGGAACUCCAUGUUCAGCUAGUGGGGUGUAGGUAGCACGCACUCAGACCCAUGGGGCACAGAGAUGAGAACUCAGCAGUCAGCUCUUGUGCGGGCUCAGCUCAGGGGGCGCAGGUACAGAGUGCAGACACCUGGGCGACUGGGGGUGGGCAGGCAGCCCAGAGCUCAAUGAAUGGCACACAGAGAACCGAGACAAGGGUGAAUAGGACGCUCACAGUGGUGUGAUGCCCAGGAGCGGCGUGUCCAAAACCACAGGAACGUGGCGCCGGCCCUGGGCCUCCGGCCUGACGUGCAGUCCUAUGUACCUUGUGUCAAUAGGCAAUUCAGUAAGCCCAGCAAAUGGGGUACAGGCUGUCCAAGACCCUGGUGACCACAGAAUGGAGCUCCUGUUCCCAAAUGAACAGGGAACAGGUCACCUAGCUGCAGAGACAGUUGGAUAUUUAGGGCAUAUACCCCCAGGUAUUCACAAGAGUAGAUUAAAGACACCAUUCUAUGGUUUCCUUGGACAGAGACCACAAACCAAUGUGUGUGAGGCCUUCAUAAAGCUAUAUGAUAGAUGGGGUCGAACUCCAGUUCUCUGAAGCCCUUAGGAGAUGCAUCCAGUCGUUCAGUGAGUUCCACCAUGAUAGGGCAUGUGUCCCCAUAUGUAUAGGGGAUGGAAGACUCACCUGGGCACUGCAGAGGUCAGGGUUCACAUCCCUGGAGUCUUCAAUAGAGUCUCAAAGCUCAGUGUGUCAUGUCCAAAGACACUGUAGCAUUACAACAUGCCCAAGGAGGCUAUGAGGUCCUGGUAUAGCAGUGAGAGUGUACAACCCAAGCCAAAGCACAGGCAGGAGGUCCUCCCAAGAGGCCCUGAUAAUGGUGCCAUUUCUCUAGAUCCUGGGAUGAUGGGGUGUAGCCUCCCUGGAUGGUUAGGAGAUGGGUACUGUGUUCCUUGGGUGCUUAGGUGGUGGAUCAAUGUGCGUUCUCCAGUGCUCAGGAGAUAGGACGCAGCCUUACCAGAUGUUCACGCAAUGAGGUACAGCCUCCCCAGAUGUUUAGAAGUUGGGAUUCAGCUUCCCAAAGUGUCUAGAUAAUGGGGCUCAGGUUUGUUCUGAUGCUGGAAUGUCAGGGAUAUUGUACCUAGCUUGUAUCCCACAAUAUACAGGUAACCUGAGUGCACACACAAGCUACAUACAGAGGUCUGAGACAAGUUGAGUACUCAUCUUUGGCUGUCUCAGACCCCAGGUAAAAGAGGUGCCUAGAAGGAUAGGGCUCACAACAGGGUCAGUACAGGCAAGGAGCACGUGUCCCAUCCCUGCACGUCUCCUGCUUCUUUGCCAGAGGCUCUGGGCUCUCCCGCCAGCGUCUGCCGUGUGUUCUAACCUCAAACAUUCCCCAGGCAUCCUCAAAGGAAGCAUCCGAGUCCAGGAGCCCCGCCAGGGUCUCCACGGGGCUUCUGGCUGCCAAGCCGCCGUCUGGGGGCCGCGGGCCUGGCUGUGGGCUGCCAGCUCUGUUUGGUUUUCUCCUUCCUGCCUCAGAACCUCAGACGCCGUCUCGCCACGGAGGCGCCCUCAUUCUGGAGAGGCACAAAGACCCUACACAGCCGGGUUGUGGGAGCUACUUGUGGGGCCUGAAGCUCUGCUCUACAGGGGCCUGGUGGGUCCCAAAGUACAGGUGCUUGCUACCAGGGUGCCUCGAUAUCCCUGCAGGCACACCUCUGGCCCCUCUGAUCAUAUUUGUAAGUCCCUGUUACAUCACCUGAGUUAUAACAGGGGAUGGACCCACCACCUCAUGUUGCUGCCCAUGCGCCCAGAGCCACUUGUGAGCAGCACGCAUGUACCCCAUAUGCCGUGGUCCCAGAGCAUCCUCUAGCUGGAGUUUCCUCAAAAAGACCUAUUUGACCAUCCCAGAGACUUGGAGACUUGGGCCUAAUGAGAUAGGUCACAUUAACCAUUAACCAUUCCAAUUUCUGACUGCCAGUCACGGAUAAAGGGCUGUAGAGUGACCGGACCAGACCAACUGGUCAGAGCACAAUGAGGAACUCAGACUACAUAGUGGGACCCAUAUUGAUGGAACAGAUACUGAGGUUAGAUUAUUGCAAGGACCUUGGGCACCAGGAUGAAGGCUUGCUCACUGGGAAGCUGAAAACUCAAGGGAAUGGAGCAGAAUGUUCUCUGAGGGUGGCAACCAAGCCAAUGGGCUCAGGUCAGCACUACACAACACCAGGCAGGUCCCCUACAGGGUUUCACCUUCUCUGUGUUUGGCUCCCUAGGCCUGCACUGCCAGGAGGCACACUCUUCAACCAAGCAGUUGUGACUCAGGCCUUCUGGGUGUGAGCCUGUACACAGGUCAGCCCAGAGAGCCUAUCACCCCUGUUUGCAAAGCUUGCUGUGGGUGGGGUAACCUUCAGCCUUGAGUAGCCCCUAGAGAUAGCCCAGAGUCCAGACACCUGUCCUAGGGCUUCAGACAAGGGGAGGCCCUUCUCUCUCUCAAGGGAGUUUCCUGGCUUCUGAGGGCCAGCAGUUCCAGCCAUGAGGUGGGGCUCCCCAAAGCCCUGCCUCCAUACCCCUUCCUCCCCGCAAGAUUCUUUGGAUCACUAGCAACAGGCAACGGUUCUGCUGUGGGCUCCAGGUGCUGCAUAAGAGUGGACCAACCAGCCUCGCGGUGGCUAGGGUCAGAGCAAGAAAGCCAGAGCCUGGCAGCCCCAGGAAGCAGUAGACAUCAGGGUGAACUCAGUAGUUGCUGCUGCCAGCCGAAGAGGCAGUACACCACAGUCAAAGGGCCAUCCCUCAAGUGACCUGGAUUCCGCAGUUACCUCCUCCAAGCCAACAGAGGCAGGAAGAUGGGGCGUGUCCCAGACCCCCACAGCACCUCAGCCCCAGUUGACACCACUGCUGAGCCCAGUCUCAUUCCAGACCUCAUUACCAGGAUCCCCUGGCCCCGCUGGGAACUCUUUAUCGUCGUUCUUGCUGCUGGAGUUCUCCUGGUCUCUUGUCUGCUCUGUGGUGUCUACUGCUGUUGCCGCCGCUGCCAACGCCGCAGGAAGCAGCCCAAAGACAAAGAAGCUGUGGGCCUGGGCAGUGCUCCCAGCAGCACCACUACUCACCUGGUUCAACCAGAUGUGGACUGCCUGGAGCCCUGCUCUGGGGGGCCGCAAUAGUGGGGACAACUGCUGCUCUCACUGGAGUAUGAUUCUGGAAGCCAGGAGAUUAGGGUGGGCCUGAGGCAGGCCGAAAACCUGAAGGCCGAGGGCACAGCGGACCCCUACGCCUGUGUCAGCGUUUCCACUCAGGCUGGGAGAAGACAUGAGACAAAGGUGCACCGGGGGACUCUCUGUCCCAUGUUUGAAGAGACAUGCCACUUCUCAGUCCCACCAGCAAAGCUGCCUGGGGCCACCCUGAAGGUGCAGCUGUUGGCUUUCAAGCGGUUCUCGGAACACGAGCCUCUGGGGGAGCUCCAGUUAUCCUUGGGCACUGUAGACCCUCAGCAUGUCCUGGAGAACUGGUACCAGCUGGGCCCUCCUGGUACCACUGAGCCUGAGCAGAUGGAGGAGCUGUGCUUCUCACUGCGCUACGUGCCCAGCUCAGGCCACCUGACUGUGGUUGUGCUCGAGGCUCGGGGUUUGAAUCCAGGGAUUUCAGAACCCUUUGUAAAGGUACAGCUCAUAUUAAACCAGAGGAAAUGGAAGAAGAAGAAAACAUCCUCUAAAAAGAACACAACUAUGCCCUACUUCAACGAGGCCUUCACCUUCCUGGUUCCCUUUAGCCAGCUCCAGAGUGUGGACCUGGUGCUGGCUGUCUGGGCCCAUGGCCUGCAGCUCCGGGCUGAACCUGUGGGCAAGGUGUUGCUGGGUUCCCGGGCUUCAGGUCAACCCCUACAGCACUGGGCAGAUAUGUUGGCCCAUGCCAGGCGACCCAUCGCCCAGUGGCACCACCUGCAGUCCCCCAGGGAGGUGGAUCGUGCUCUGGCCCUGAAGCCUCGCCUCUCCCUGCCUAGGCCUCGCUCCUAAAAGAACCCUACUGGAGCUUCAGUUUCCCCUAAUGGAGCUAUGGGCAUUUGUCCAGGCUCUUCUGAGCUUUCUGUAAUAAAUGCCUUCUCUUUCCCACUCAUGUGCCCUGAUGGAGCCCCGUGAGGAGAACCUGAGACACAAGGAAGGCUCCACCUUGUCACCAUUGUCCUCUCAAGGAUGGGGUAGGGUGCUCUGGACAGUUCUGCCAGUCCUGAGCCUCUGCUCAAGGCCUGAUUACUAGGUCUUCCCUGGGAGAUGGCACCAUCCUCUCUGGCACCCAGAGGUGGCAGAGGAGCAGGGGAUUAGAGCUGGCCCUGUGGGGACAAAGUGGGAGACUGGGGGGAGUAACGUGUAGAGACAGUGUGAGGAAGAGACCCCCAAAUCAUGAAGAAUGGUGGUAUGGAGUGUCCUCUAUACCAUCAGCAGGGGGCAGUAGAUGCCUUUGGAAGCUGCUCUGGGGCCUUUGGGGGCUUGCAGUCCUGGCCUGUGAUGUACCUCUUAAUCCCAGCACAUCUGGCGGGCUUUAGCAGCUCCUACCUUCCUCUGAUCCUCAGGGGCCCCAGAGCAGCAGGGCUGGGGCCAAGCCAUGAUCUGGGUGUCUUUGGGUGGGGUUCAGAAGCGGGAAAGGGGCGAGGGCCUGGCCCCAGUGAGCCAGGCAAUGCAGGACCUGCCUAGGCAACCAAGAGCCCUGAGCCCCCACGGGUCAGAGAGAGGUUCCUAGGGCGGUGGCACCACUCUCUGGGGUUGAAGGACAUGUUCCAAGUUGCCUGUGCAGAGAGACACCCAUGGGCAGGGCGUGUGGCAGGCUGGGAGAGGCCCAACUGCUGGUCCAGGGGCCCAUUUUCUCCUUUCCCUGGGCAGAAAGGCAAGUUCACUACAAGAGAAGGACAUUCCUCUCCUGAGCCCUGACUACCACACAGGGCCAGGGAAACUGUUUUUGUCUUGGGUUUCUUUUGUUUGUUUGUUUGUUUCUUGGGGGGGGGUGUCCAAUUUUGCAGGAGGACUGAUGUGAUGAACAGUCACCCCAGGGGCCCAGGCAGGGAGGGAGCACCCAGCAGGCACUGAGUGGCCAGAUGGGUGCUGAGCUACUACUGGGCCAUGCUAUUUGACAGUGACUCCAGUUCAGCCUACUUGGGAGGCCAGGUUUCCCGUGGAGGAAGACUUCAGUGGAUGCUUGAGCCGGGUGGGUACCUUGGAGACCCACAUACAGUGUAAUUCCUGCUGUCCUGAGGGCUCCUGCAGGAACAAGGGUGACAUCUUGAACUUGUCACUGAGACAUAAAUAGAGCAAACCAACCCCCCCACCCCAAGACUUCUUGGACAGGCCAGCGCCUGGGCUGGCUGGCCAGGAGGCUGGGCAGGUGGGGAGGCUCUCCUCCUCUCUGUGCCCCCAUUGGUCUGAGGAGACUCCAUGCCCUUUCUGAGCAGGGGCCCGGCCUAGGGAAAGCCAUUUAUACCCCUCCCCCUGGCCCACCAGCCCAGCUCACUGCUGCCUGCCUGACCUCGCUCCCAGUCGUGCUGCACAGACUCUAGGUGAGGCCUGGCCCAUCUUCCUGAGGCUGGAGAACAGGACACUACUCAGGCUAGCUCGCAGGAGGACUUCCCUGGGCAGGGACUUGGGGUCUGGGGUCUGCUGCCAAUAGCUCUCGCUCUGGGGGCUCCCACAGAUCUGGGACUGAAAAGCAGCAGGUGCUGGUAGGAGGGGGCAGAGGUCUUCAUCAGGACCUCUAAUGGCAGGUUCUGACUCUGGGGACACACAAGCGAGAGGAUAUUCAGGUCAAGCAAGCGGGGACCUGAGCCCCCAGGCCGCGCAGAAGAGCUCUUUCUCCUAUGUAUUUACUUCUCCAGCCAAAGAAGCAAGAGUUAAAAAUAACAGGCUCACUCUGGCAGCCACCUGUGCUGGCCAGCCCCACCCCUCCCUCAGGGACAGCUGCAGCUCCUCAGGCCCCGCCUGGGACAUUUUGGGAACACUUUCUCCUCUUACUUCUCACCCUCAGGGUGGGGGUGGGGGGUGUCCUCUAAAUCCUUGCCCUCUGAGAAGGUCUGAGUUGGGGAUAGAGCAGAAGCGGGCUGGUGAGCUCAGGCCUCCAUGCUUGGCCUCGUGCAAGACACUGACAUCUUCACCUCUCUCUCCCUACAGGCUCAGAGCUUGAAACCUCAGGAUGGGGGAGUAAGUGGCACCCAGUGUGACCUCCCCCCCUCACUGCAGUCCCCUCACCACUGUUUGGGUCCCAUAUCUCCCCAUCCUCUGUAGCUACCACACACCCCUUCAAUCCCAUCUACCCCAAGGUUCCAUGGCUACUCCCAUGGAACCACAACCUAACUUCUCUUUUCUCUCUCCCUCCCGCCUCCCUCUUCCUCUUCCUCCUGGGACAGUGAGGAGGUGAGUAUCACUCAAGGCUAUAAUGGUGUCCUGAGACUAAGUCAGAAGACACACUUGUCAAGUGCCCCGCCCCCUGAACAACCCCAGCCAGAGGAAGGACCUACCUGGUGCCUAGUGAGAGGGAAGUGAGAUUUGGGCCUAAUCACAGGGGAAUCACUUCUCCUUUCUGAUUUCUGAUCACCACUCACCUCCUAGGUCUCCCCUUGCCCAUAGCCUCUGAGUCCUGGCCACACCCCUUCCCCAUUCCCCAACUCCAUUACCGACUUCAGCCCUAUGUAUCACCUAAGCAAAGUAGCAGGACCACAGACAUGUGUUCCUGAAGCAGGUGCUGGAGUGGGAGAAAAGAAAAGCAAAAACAAAAACAAAAAACAGGGCCCUGGGCAGUGGCCCUGUGGCCUCCUUUGGAACUCCGGGCCAGAUGGCUACAAGGAGGUCAAAGCUCUACCAAGGCCUGACUCUGCCUUCUCUGCCCUAUCCUGCAGAAACGCAACAGGGCCAUCACGGCCCGGAGACA